UUUCUUUCUGAUUUUUUUAAAUGAUUAAAAGUUAAUAAUGAUAUGCAGUAUUGUUUCAAAUCUUAGUUGAUAAUGACAUCACAGUUACAUGACAUGUCAGUAAAUCUUCAUCUUCAUUUUCAUCUUUAAUUAACGAAAUUCUGUCUGCCGACAAAAAAAGGAAGCCAAUGACAGAUCAUAAGUGUCGCAACAAAAUUUCUAAUUAUUCCUAACUUAUUUGUAUAAUUGUAUUAAUAAUAAUAACUAGUAUUAUUAAUUACCGGAAACAUUUUUGUUAUUGCUGAGCGAAACUCUGACGUUUUGCCAACUUUGCCGGGUCAAAUCCAGCUAAAAAGUUUACGACUUUAAAACGUUUUGUGAGGUACAAGUUCGAAUCCACAAUGGCUUAACCGAUUAGCGUUACAUUGAGACAUUCGGAGCGUGUGGGACCCUUUAAUGAAGUGUCAAUACUUUAAAAAAAAAAAGAAUCGUGAAUCAUCGUUUUCACUGUGGAUUCGAUUUCGAGAUUUCCACCACGAGGCUUUGUCGUCGUUGAUGGCAUAAACAAACAAGAAAGCAGUUAUGUGUCUGUCUCUGAGAGUUGUCUGAAUUUGAGAAAAAAAGUCUGAGACUUUGUUUUAGAGAGAAAUCAAUGGAUCUUGUGAUUGGUGGGAAAUUCAAACUUGGCAGAAAAAUUGGCAGUGGAUCAUUUGGAGAGCUCUAUCUUGGUUUUAUUCUUCUUGUUGCAGGUGUAAAUGUCCAAACCGGAGAAGAAGUUGCUGUUAAGCUGGAAUCUGUCAAGACCAAGCAUCCUCAGCUACACUAUGAGUCCAAAUUGUAUACGUUGCUUCAAGGAGGAAGUGGUAUUCCUAACAUCAAGUGGUAUGGAGUUGAUGGAGAAUACAAUGUUAUGGUUAUUGACCUUCUAGGUCCAAGUCUUGAAGACUUGUUCAACUACUGCAACCGAAAACUCUCUUUGAAAACCGUUCUCAUGCUUGCUGAUCAACUUAUUAACAGAGUUGAGUAUAUGCACACUAGAGGUUUCCUUCACCGUGAUAUUAAGCCUGACAACUUCUUAAUGGGCCUCGGCCGCAAAGCAAACCAGGUUUAUAUAAUUGAUUUUGGAUUGGGGAAGAAAUACAGAGACCUUCAGACUCACAGGCACAUUCCUUACAGAGAAAACAAAAACCUCACUGGAACAGCUCGGUAUGCAAGUGUCAACACACACCUUGGAGUAGAACAAAGUCGAAGGGACGAUUUGGAAGCAGUUGGUUAUGUGCUUAUGUACUUCCUCAAAGGAAGCUUACCAUGGCAGGGAUUAAAAGCUGGGACAAGGAAGCAGAAGUAUGACAGAAUAAGUGAGAAGAAAGUCUCAACUCCUAUAGAGGUCUUAUGUAGAAACCAACCGUCUGAGUUUGUUUCUUACUUCCGCUACUGCCGGUCUCUACGGUUUGAUGACAAACCUGAUUACUCUUACCUCAAGAGGCUAUUCCGAGACUUGUUUAUUAGAGAAGGUUAUCAGUUUGAUUAUGUAUUUGACUGGACCGUCUUGAAGCAUCCGCAAACUGGUUCCAGCUCCAGUUCUAGUUCAAGAACACGGGAUCAUACAACUGGAAAACCGGAGUUAACUGCUGGAAAACCGGAGAGGACUGCUGGCAAUAGGUUAUCAGGUGCGGUUGAAGCUUUUUCAAGAAGGCAUGCAACACCACGUGAUCGGUCUGCAUCAAGAAACUCUGAUGAUGUCCCUGUUGGUGGUGGUGAGUCAGAAAGAAGAGGCAGUUCGUCAAGAAACGGAAGCUCUUCAAGGAGAGCAAUCGCCUCGAGCUCACGUCCAAGUUCAGCUGGGGGUCCUAGUGAUAGCAGAUCCUCUAGCCGUUUGGUGACUUCAAGCGGCGGUGGUGGAAUGGGAUCAACGAGCCAGAGAAUGGGACCAGGAGGAUAUGAGUCAAAGAAGAGUUCGACUCUUUCCCGUGGUGCUAGAAACACUCGGGGAGAUCCGUUAAGGAGGAGCUUCGAGCUUCUUUCUCUUCGUAAAUCAUGAGAAACAUACAAAGAAAGAGAUUUUAUACAAACGAAAAUCUAUAUAUAUAUAUAUAUAUAUAUAAGAUAUACAGUACAAACGAUUCAUAUACUUUAAAACAGUUGUUGUUGGGUUAUGUAUGAUGUAAAACACUUUUGGCACAGAGCUUAGGGGGUUAUGUAUAGAAUGAAAAAAAUUAUGAAUUA